AUGGCCUACUCCGAGGUGCAGAAGGUGGCCCUGGCCUCAGGGCUCGUCCUGGCGGUGUCCCCGCUGCUGCCCAAGGCCUUCCUGACCUGCGGAAAGCGGCCCCCCGCCCCGAAAGAAAACUGGGUAGGCUAUCCUGAAGAGACUUAUCCAAUUUAUGACCUUUCAGACUGCAUCGGUCGUAGGCGAGAAACAAUCCUGGCAGAUUACCCUGAUCCAAAAGAGCCCACUGCUGAAGAAAUAGCUGAAAUGGGAGUGAUGGAAGAGAAAGAAUCAGACCAUUUGAGCUGGGAACAUCUGACCCCAUUGACCCCUAUGGCCUUGCAUGACCUAAAGCCAGAAACAUGUUCCUGCUGUUUUCAGGAAGAACAGGAUCUUUCUGUCUUGGCAGAAAAUGCUGGAUUCAGUACAGAUAGCUACAAGGAGAAAGAGGAAACUACCAAAGAAGACUGGCCUCAUGACUUUAGAGAUGAAGGGCUGGGCGUUCGUGCUGAUCAAGCACACACAGGUGGCAUGUUGAGGAAGUAUAACCCACAAAGGUUUAGAGUAAAAACAGCCAGAAAACUCCGGGAGUUCAAGUCCCGACCUCCUCCUGGAGCUGCCAGGGGACCGGUGAUCGAACGCCGCCCGCUCCGGGGCGCGGACCGAACUCACCUGGACGCCGCGCCGGCGCCCGCUCCGGCCGCUUCCCAGGUGGCGGGGCCGGGGCUGGAGCUGGGAGCUGGGGGGGCCCGGAGCCGCCAGCCGGACACGGAGGGCCGAGGGCGGAGGGCCGAAGGCGGAGGCCCAGGCCGGGAGCUCCGCUCUGACUCAGCUGGCGCCAGCAACUGCCGCGCAGCCCCGGGGGAAAGCUGGGAAUCGGCUGAAAGGAUCCCAGGGUAUCGCAGGCACCGGAAAUCUAGGCCAUACCGGUAA